AUGAGUGUGGUCUGGGAGGAGUUUGCAGUGACCCUCAAGGUCACUGUGCCCACAGAUGUGAGCCCCUGGGGCGGGGCCCGAUGCUGUAGCUGUGCAUUGAUGGCGCCGUGCGGCCCGGCUGCAGGUCCCGCAGUCACGGAGAGGACCCAGCAGGCGGUGCAGGGACAGCCCGGCUCAGCGUGUGGUCAGCUCCAAGUCAGCCCUGAAAUGUCCAUUACUCACUAAGAAAAGGAAAAUGCUCAUUUGAAAGACAUUCUUCUCUUUGGCAAUGCUGAGACAUUCUCCCAGCCCCAACCCCACAGUGCUCCAGUGUGUGAAGCACAACAGCUGUUGGGGAAGUUCAGUGCAUCUGUCCUAACCAGGGCUGGAGGUGAUGCCAGUCUGUGCAGCUGGGAACACCUCCUCCACUGUGGCUGA